AUGAGUAACAACAACAACAAUGCUUCUAGUAACUCAAGAAUGAGCGAACUUUUUGAUCAAUGCGAUCGCGGACAAAAAGGCUAUCUAACUAAAGAAGAUUUGCAUCAAGUUUGCCCACAACUCUGUGAUGAAGAAAUUGUUUUUAUUUUUUCUUGUUUGGAUACUAACAAUUCGGGGUUUAUUGAUAAAGAGGAAUUUUGUGCUGGCUUUGAAGAAACUUUAUUUAAAGGAGAAUCACGUGGUUUUGGUGGAAUGCAUCGUAAAAUUAGUUCGAACGAAUAUUAUGGGGAUGCUCCAGAGGAAAGAUUGGGAAGUCAGGGAAGGAUGGAAAUAGUUGAAGAAGAUAUAGAAAAUGAAGUAGAUGGUGAAGGAGGAAGUAAUAAUGAAGAAGGGACUAGUAAAGGAAUACAAAGACGAAGGCCAAAACCACCUAGACUUACAAAAAAUCAGUCAUUAAGAGGACCACCACAAAUGACUUUGGAUAUUCCUUGGUAUAAGGAUGAAGUUCUACAGCUUUAUGAGGAGCUCCAAUCCUCUGGCGUGCCACAAAUUAUGAACCGAUUUGAGGAAGUCGUAGGGAAUUUAUGUCGAGAAAUAGACCAAAAACGUGAUGAAAAUGAAAAACUUCAUCAACAACAAAGAGUUGAACGAGAAAAUUAUAAUAAGAGAAUGCAGGCACUUGAAAAUGAGAUAGACCAGCAAUUGUUAAUAGCUGAAAAGAAGGCCCGAGAGGAGGAACGCGAAAAGUUGGCCAAAGAAAAGGAAGAACUAAAAGAACGUCUUGAAUCUGAAAUGGCCGAACUUCAAGGAAAUAUAGAACAUUUACAGAAAAUGGAAAAAAUGUUGAAAAAGGAAGCACAAAAGAAUGGGAAUCAAGAAGCUCUGAAAGAAAAAUUGGAGGAUAUUGCCAGAGAGAAUCGAACAUUGAAAAAUAAUUUGGCAGAAAAUCAUUUGGAAAUGACUUUAAUUAAAGCAGAAUUGGCUGAAAUUAAAUCAGAAUAUGAAAAUAAAACACUUUUACAAUCUCUUAAUGAUCAUAGCCAACCUAGUGCUAUUGAAGCUGAACAAAUACAAAGACAACUACAAUUACUUUAUGAUGCUAAUAAACGUCUUCACGAUACUAAUGGAAAUUUACGUGAUGCACUUGAUCAGAGGACUUCGGUUAUUAAACAAAUGCAUAUGCUACAUCAGACUCCAUCAUUCGGCACUUAUUUAACACCUUAUUCUCGACAUGACUCUGCAACUUCUUAUCCAGAUGGCGGUUCUUACUCUCCUGCUUCUCACCAUCUCCCUAAUGCGACGACAAUUAAUGAUGACGACAAUGGUUUGUAA